GAAAACAUGGUGAAACCUAUUUUGUUUUUUCUUGUUUUGAAUUCGUUUUUGGCGCUAGGAGAGAUGUUUGCUUUCCUUGUGCCUGCAGUUGUUGCAGGUGUUUCUUUAAGCUUGUAUGCAGCUCGUUGUCRCUUCAAAGAAUGCUGCACAGAUCGAUGGAUCAUCAACAACAUCACAGGCCUAGAAUACGACCUCCAAAAUCGCGUUUUUGGUCAACAUUUGGUCACUAAURCUGUAUUUAAAGCAAUCAAAGGACACUUAGCUAACAAAUCACCUGAGAAAGCWUUAGCUUUGUCAUUUAACGGGUGGACUGGCUGUGGAAAGAACCACGUUAGCAAGAUCAUUGCUAACAAUGUCUACAAGAAAGGAAUGGACAGUGCUUUUGUCAAUUUGAUUAUUUCAACUCAUCAAUUCCCUCACCAAGAUGAAAUAGAAAAUUACAAAACAUUACUGAAAGAAUGGAUUGUUGGAAACGUUACAAAGUGUCCAAGAUCACUGUUUAUUUUUGAUGAGAUGGACAAAAUGCCUGARGGAUUGGUGGAUGUUUUAAAGCCAUUCUUGGAACAUUAUUCUGAUGUUGGUGGUGUAGACUUUAGAAAAUCUAURUUUAUAUUCUUAAGUAACACAGGAUCAAAGGUUAUCAACUCAGAGACCCUCAAGAACUGGCAUAGUGGGAAAUCAAGAAAAGACAUCACUAUCAAGCAAAUGGAUAGCAUAAUUAAUCUCGGCGCCUUCAAUGAAAAAGGCGGUUUUUGGCAUACCAAUUUGAUUGACAGCAAUUUGAUUGAUUACUUUAUUCCAUUUCUGCCGCUGGAGAGAAUACACAUCAAAGAGUGUGCUAGAGUUGAUCUGAUAGCCAAGAAUCAUACUUAUGAUGAAGACUUGUUGAACAAAAUUGCUAAUGAAAUGUUGUACUUUCCAGCAGAUACUAAGAUAUUUUCAAAAUCUGGCUGCAAGAAGGUGUCAUCUAAGGUUGACUUAGUAGUUGGAUAGUAUGUGUCCAUGUUGGUUACUACGAGAUGUAGUAUAGUAGUGUAGUAUAGUAAUACCAUGUAGCUCCAGGGUUCCAAAGUCCAGUCCUCAUUCCCACACUUCGGCAAAUCCAAGUCCCAAUUUUUAAAGUUUCCAAUUCUUAUGCUUCUAUUUCCCAUCCCAAUAAGCUAAAUUCCAGUCCCAGUAAUGAACCUUGAAGGAACCCCAAGUUGGUGAUUUUAUUUCCCAUUCACUGGGACCUAAAUUGGGGUCCUAGUGAUGARCCUUGGAGAAAUCUGAUGUGUAUGAUUCAGUCUCUCAUUCCCAGUGUAGGAACCCCAUUCCCAUUGCCCAGCACAAAAAUAGAAACGAAUCCUAAAUUUACAUUUGCAAAAUAUUUUUGGAAGUAUACACCAGUUACCCUCAGACCCCCUCCAGAAUUUCCCAAGAAUUUCAAGAAAUCAAAACAUUUUUAACAUUGUUAAGUGUGCAUAUGUCUGCAUGUGUAUAUAGGUCUAAAAUUUUCUGUCCAACAAAGUGGAAAUCCAGAAAUAAAACAUCUAGUAUUAUUAGUAAUACACUUUAA